AGUUUGACGUUUUGCUUUGACAAGCAACCGUCGUCGAUCGGGGAUCGUGAAUAGCGGACUGCGGACAGCGGAUUGCGGAUUGCGGAUCGCGACGCGGAUAGCGGCUGAAUCUCGUGAAUCGGAAUCUUGGGCGUUCUUCUCUCCCCUCCUCCACUCCUCUCGCCGCCGGCCGCACCGAGCAGAGUUCUGAAUUCUAGUCUAGAGUCUGAUAUAAAUAUUAAAAUAAGUAUAAGAAGCGGCGCACAGCUACGUCUGCCCGCCUAUGUGCAUAAAAUAUCACAAGCAACAGGCGGCCAAGCAACAACUACCAGCUGAACGACAAAUUUUUGGUUUCGUUAUCCGGAUCAUGUGACCAGUAUCUCCGCUGGCCAUCAGUCAAUCAAUCAGCAGACCGCAGCCCAAAAAUGUUUCAAUUAUGUUAUCGCCAGCAACAACGACAUCGUCCAGAAUCGAAAGCAUCGAACCAGAGCAGCAGCAACCACAAGAAGGCAGCCGCACUGUCCAGGACGAAGGAGUAAGACGUGCAAUUCCGCAAAGGCUAAAUCCGGAUACGGAACCGGAGCCCACUGCAAAACCGAAAUCACAAGGCAACCAAGAGCAAUUUAGCAUAGCAACCGCAACGCAAUCAGCCAGGCCAGGAUCAGAAGCAGGACUUCUUAGCCAUGGGCUGUUCUCCGAGUACUUUGCCCCCCGCCCCUUCCGCUGGUCAGACCGGCGAACGAGGAUCCCUGCCGCUGGACGCCUCUGAAAAGGACGAGAGCCGCCUCUUCUGCAUCAAGCUGCGGCGCAGCCGCCUGCGCCGCUGCAGCUGUGGGGGCGUGACCUUGCAGCCCCCCAGCGACGGGAAUGGCAGCACGGCCGGAGACAACCUGUGCGGCCAGGUGCUCCUCAAUCCGCUGCAGACCAAGAGCGAGGCCGACUACGAAAAGCUGAGCACCGGCAAAAAGGACUCGAUUGUGACGGUGGCCGCCCUGGGCAACUUUACACACAGCGUAGUGCGACGGGCCACUGGAAGCACAGGCACAUCGGGCACCAGUUCAUCCGGCGGGAACAGCCGUCCAGGUCACCGCAAGUCAUCACUAGCCCUCGCUCUCACCCCGGAAGAUGAGCCGAUGGACGUCUACCAGCGAAAUCUCAUGGACCUGAAGUAUCCAACCGUGCUACCACCGAAUCCCCCACUUAAGGCCCUUCUGGUUUUCCACAAGUCGGACAGCAUCUGCGAGGCGAUCACCGCGGCCUGCCAGCGCCACCAGCUGGACGUUACGCUGGUCAAGUCCAAGGAGGAGGCCCUGGACACUCUGCAGAAGUCGUACGCCACCGCCCAGUGCUACCACCUAAUCAUAAUUGAUGCGCGCUCCUCCAAGAACCUGGAUGCGGAGCACAUUGCGAGAACCAUUCGUCACACACACGGCCACCAUUUAACGACAAUAAUUGCAGUCUGCAAGAAGAGUUUCUUCGAAAAGGAUGAUGUGCUAAUUGCUCUAUUGGACGCUGGCGUUAAUAGAUGCGUAGCGGAGACGACCAACCUGGCCAUGUGCAGUGUGGAACUGAAGCAGAUACUGCACUCCAUCAUCCGGCCGCACAAUGUCAUGUCCACUCAACAGGCCCUCUACACGGCUCUGCAUCGGCUAAAGGAGGUGGUGCUCAUCACGGACGACUUGCUGCGGAUUCAGUACGCGAACCGUGCCACCGAGAGGCUGCUCAACAUGCGGCUGGACGAGAUCAUUAGCAAGCAGCUGGAGGACAUAUUUGUGUCGGACCUCUCCACCAUCAGCGAGCAGUGCAAGAACAUCAAGGAGUUCGAUGGCAUCCUGACGGUGCGUCGCAAGAGCCAGGAGGGCAUACCCAUGCACGUGCGCGUCGUGCCGGUGGCCUGCAUAGGCAGCGCCCCCACGCACCUGAUUUUCAACUUUGAUGUGCCCGGCGGGCAGAUGGACUUCAUAGCCACGCUGCCGCAGCCCAAGGAGGCGCCUCGGGGCUCCCUGCACUCGGUGCGGCGCUGCAGCUUUGAUGUCCGCUCCAUCGCCUCGGACGGAUUGCGGAGGACGAGCUUGGCCAAGCUGACGUCGCUGCCACUGGAGGCACCCAUCACUAAAAUAAUCAAUUUACUAUCACAAGUACAGGAGAAUUGUUCGGCCGAUGAGGCGCGUCUCAUAGACAAGGUCUUGGAGUUCCUGAAGCGUGAGGGACUCUACAGUCCGCAGAUGAAGGAGAUACGAACGGACGAUCCCAUAGCCACCGAUCUAAUCGGUGCCCUGCUAACGGGUCCCAGCGUGUACUCAUCGCGCCGCAGCUCGAAUGACUCCAUCAUACGCACUGGCAGCUCCACGAGAACUGCCGCCAUUGUGCCCGCCAAAAUGAAGUCCAAUCCCAUCAUCAUGGAACUACUUGACGAAUCUCUCAGCUGGGACUUUGAUAUUUUCAAAUUGGAGGAGAUCACCGACUACCACCCGCUGCUCUACCUGGGCAUGGAGAUGUUCCGCCGCUUCGACGUCUUUGCCACCCUGAACAUCGAUGAGAACGUGUGCAAGGCGUGGUUGGCAGUGAUUGAAGCCCACUACCGCAAGAGCAACACAUAUCACAACAGCACCCAUGCCGCGGAUGUGAUGCAGGCCACUGGCGCUUUCAUCACCCAACUAACCAACAAGGAUAUGCUGGUGAUGGAUCGCAUGGAGGAGGCGACUGCCUUGAUCGCCGCCGCCGCCCACGAUGUGGAUCAUCCUGGUCGCUCAUCCGCCUUCUUGUGCAACUCCAACGACGCCCUGGCCGUUCUAUACAAUGAUCUGACUGUGCUGGAGAACCAUCACGCGGCAAUCACCUUUAAGCUGACACUGGGCGACGACAAGAUCAACAUUUUCAAGAACCUGGACAAGGAGACAUACAAGUCGGCACGCAGCACCAUCAUUGACAUGAUCCUGGCCACCGAGAUGACCCGCCACUUUGAGCACCUGGCCAAGUUCGUGAGCGUUUUUGGCGGCGAGGAGCCGCGUGAUCACAAUCCCCAAACGGAUGAGGAGACGUCCAUACUCAUGCGUCGCAUGCUGAUCAAAGUGGCCGAUGUGAGCAAUCCCGCCAGGCCGAUGCAAUUCUGCAUCGAGUGGGCCCGCCGGAUAGCCGAGGAGUACUUCAUGCAGACGGACGAGGAGAAGCAGCGCCACCUGCCCAUCGUGAUGCCGAUGUUCGAUCGGGCCACCUGCAGCAUACCAAAGAGCCAGAUCGGCUUCAUCGAAUACAUCAUACAGGACAUGAUGCACGCCUGGGAGAGCUUCAUCGACAUGCCACAGCUGAUCACCUACAUGCAGAUCAACUACUCGCAAUGGAAGAAGUACGACGAGCAGGGCGUCAACACGCUGGCGGAGAUCAUGGCCAAGCAGCCACCGGUGGGCAAGAUGGCCAACUCCAAAUAGCAUACGGCCUUCCGGAGAUUGUUCUCGGGUCUACUGAAGCCACUGCCGGCCCACGCGCCAGGUACCUCCACGAUUGGCGAGAACGAGAUGGAGGACGUGCUCUAGUGACGGCGUCGAAGGUCCUGCGACGUCUGACUCCGGACCCGCAGUCUCUCGGCCUAAUCCUCCCACUGAAGUCGCAGCUCAUCACGGCUUGACGCCCACCCGAGUCCACCCGCUCCCUGGACUGCCCCACACUUAUCUCUGAACGGACCAACGGACUGGGGGCGGUUGGCCCGAAAUGGGCGGCUGGCUGGCUUACGAAGUGGUGCCCCUGUGCGGUGUCACAAAUGCGGUAUCAUGCAAAGCAAAACUAACUAAGGCAAACAAGUAAACAAUUAUUGGGCUGGACUCAAAAUUAAAUGUUUAAGAUGCAUCACAAGAAGCGAACUUUCUAUUUCUAUAUAUAACUAUAUAAACCAUGUGAGUCUGUGUGUGCGUGAGUGUGUAAGUCCCUCCCUCCAUCAUCAUAUAAAUGUGUAUGUGUUUAGGCUAACGAAAGCAGACUUGCAGACUAGCAAAGUAGCAUGCUGUGCUAGCAAGCUAGCAAGCUGGCAAGAAGUCCCACAGCAUAUUGACCAGAUCAUAUGGCGUGCGCUCCACUGUACCUGGCAACGGUAUAAUGUAUAAUAACAGUAUAACGGUUUUGUAGACCGUAUAGCGGUACUACCGACCCAAGUGUUACAAGCAUGUAGUUCUCUCCCAUCAUGAAGACAAUCUCUGUUAAAUACUGCGAGGCCAAGUAAAUAUAGUUUAAUUGCUGUCCAAGUCAGAUUCGUAAUCGGAUUCGAAUUGGGAUUUGGAUUUGGAUUCGGGUUCGGAACGAGUACGAGGCCAUAGCAUAGAUGAAGACUAUACAUAUAUACAUAUGCACAUGCGGGCGAGAUCGCGGCAAGCACGAUACAUAUAUACAUAUAUAUACUGUACUAUCACUAGCGACUAGCUGACCAGCUAACAACUACAAGUAAAACUGAAACAAACUAAUUCGAAUCCACUCUUGAGACAUAUGAAAUCCUAUGGGGCCCCUUUUACUACCUAAUUAUCUAGUUACCUACUUUCCUAACUGAAGAAAAACGCGAAACGAUGAGCUAUCCCUAACUAAUACUAUUAAUGUUGUUUAGCUUUCUAAGCAUACGGUAUGAGAAAUCAAACUAAACGCAAAUGUUUACCAAUUAAGUGAAAUCCUUUUUGAAAUCUUUUUAUCUAAUUGACUGAACAAAUUACAUAUACAUAUAUAAACCAGAUCUAUUAAUACGAGUUGAUAAUACGUUCUUGUUAUAACUAAAAUGAAGAAAUGAAAUGGAAAAGCAAAAUAAUAUAUACAAUAUACAUAUAUAUACAAUUUAUACAACUUUUACGAAGCAUAUUAUACAUAUAUAUAUAUAUAUAUAUUUAUAUAUGUCAUACGAUAUCGGCAUUCAUUCACAGAGUUACAGUAAUUUGUAUGUGUUACCGCAGGUGUUAAUCCGUGCUUCAGAAUGUUUUGAUAGAAGUUAUAUACACGUAUACAAGUCCCUCUGUCCCUGUCGACCUCCUGAACUGCAAACCAGCAACCCACCCACAACCAGUCUGCUCCACCCGACCAAAAACCACCACCCACCAGCCGACAUUUUCCGUUCCCAACCCACACGUUCGUAUCACUAUCACUACUGAUCACUUUAGGUCGGAAAAAUCAAACUGAGCGAUAGGAGAAUAUAAAUGUAUUUGCAUAUUCAAUGUUGUUAAUAUGUGUGUGUUUCAAAUUGAAUGUAUUGGAUUAAUCGCGUAAGUUACAAGAGCGCAAAAGUUGAAUAAAUAAAGCAAAAGCUGCUAGUAAAAGGCGAAAACAAUUUACACGUUAUGAAGAAUAUAUGUAUACAUAUAAUAUUUAUAGAUACGGUACUACUACUACAUGUUUCACAACACAACAAAUGAUAAAUCUUUACAUACAACUAUGUAUAUUUGUUACUACAUCUGUUUGCUCCUUGCAGGUUAAGGAUUAUAAAUGUUAAGAUUUAGUCAAAUUUAUUGUAAAAACCAAACACAACAAAAAACAAAAGAAAAACAAACACAAACAAGAAACAAAACAAAACGCAAAUAAUACAAAUAAAAAUCCAGCAAAAUGGAAAUUAUCUAC